AUGGAGAGAGUAUCAAGCCCAAGGGGCCCGGAAAUCAACCGUCCCACAAGAGAUGAAUACCUCACCACCGGCCCAUGUACACCUGCAUUUUCCAUUCAAUUCACAGAGCUUUUCCCGAACCUGACAAAUAUCGAGUUCCAAGAUACCUAUUCCGAAAGUCUUAACCGUGCGGAAUCUUCGUUCAACCCCGAUUGCCUUCUUCCCUCCCUCGUUAACAUUCUAUCUUCGUGCCAUAGUCUAAAGCACUUAAAAAUCCAAUUAGCGGUGGAUUUGGCUCUUCCACCGUUAACGACAAAAAAAAUAGAGGCUAUGCUCCCCAUGUCUAAUUCUCCCGUAAAGCUGCAAACCUUGACUUUACAGGUCCACCUUGUUCAACGCCUAUACGGAAUCCGACCGUUUCAUGGAAUAUGGCUGCUCGACGCCUUAGCAUAUCUCCUUCCAAUCGAAGGAAACACGCUUAAAAGCCUUGAUUUCAACGUCUCACGCAAAUACCCUACGAAUAACUGGAUAUAUGCUGGUGAUGCCGAAGAUAUUGAAGAAUAUGUCGCAGUGAGGCAAGUAGCCUUCGUCGAGAAACACAAUCGGUUGAACCGAAGAAUUAAGCUACCUGCGAUUCGUCAUCUAAAAAUUUCGGCUGAGAAAGAAAGUCCUUUUGUCUUCCUAGCAUUUACGAACGUUGAUAGGAAAAGCCUUGAGGAAUUGGAUCUUGAAGAUAUUAACGGCCAACGCCACUCUGCAGGCGCCGAUCAGUUUAAAUGUGAGAUUCAAUUUAUAAAGAUCCUUAUAAGCAUGUUCCCAAAUAUCCACACUCUGCGCCUCAACCAGAGGGAACCCCAAGACCUAAAACUCAACGAGUAUCUAAUGCCUGAGAUCGCUUCAUUAAUCAUGAAUAUAAAAACCGUAAUAUUAUACUCCGUGUUCCUGGAAAAUGAACCACGAGACAACUUCUUGGAGAGGUUUGGGGAAGACUGGGGAAGAAGUGUGGAAUUUCAAGAUCUCGGGGUUAAAGCUCAUCCCAGGGACACUUCACGGGUUCAACGAGUUAAGCUUCAGCUUUAG